CCUCCUGCCUCAGCCUCUCAAGUACUGGGAUCAUAGUGGUGGGCUACCCCAACUGGAGUGAAAAACCGAAGGCCAGGGGGUGGGGAGAAACUCCAUAAAUAGCUCAGUGAAGUGAGUUCUCACUGACAGUUCUCAUGGCUGUCAUCCCUGAGUCUAGAUCAAAAGUUCCAGGUCCUUCCGUGUCAGGCAAAUCUGGAAGUUGGGCUUGCGCACACCGCUCGGCUCUCCUUGCGACAGCGCCCUCAUCCCCUCUGUUUCUCAAGUAGACGUGUCCCGAGACGGUCGCUGAGACACUGUUUCCACGCGAUCAGGGUUCCUCAGGCUUGACAUUAAAAAAGUGGGUUGAGGGUGCGCUCAGAGCGCGCUUUAAGGCGGCCGCCAGCCAGCGCCGCUCUAACCCCGCGCCCUGGCUGUCCGGGGCUGCCGCCCUGCAUCUGCGCCGACGCGACCGAGCGAUCCCGGGGCCUCCCCGCGCCGGGAAUCUCCCGCCAGUCGCGCGGGUCCCCACGGCAGCAGCACGUGGAGCGGCCGCGGAGCCUGAGCGACAGCUGCAGCCCGCGCGGCCCGCGGCGACCAUGGAAGAUAUACAACCAGACGCGGAGCUGAAAAGCACCGAGGAGCAGCCUCUGCCCACAGAGAGCCCAGAAGCUCUGAACGACUACAGUUUACCCAAACCUCAUGAGAUAGAAAAUGUGGACGGUGCAGAAGCCCCAGCCAAUGAAGAUGAAGAUGCAGGAGAAGAUUCGAUGAAAGUGAAAGAUGAGUACAGCGACAGAGAUGAGAACGUUCUGAAGCCGGAGCCCAUGGGAGAUGCAGAAGAGAGUGAAAUGCCUUACAGCUAUGCAAGAGAAUACAGCGACUAUGAAAACAUUAAGCUGGAGAGACACGUGCCGUACGACAGCAGCAGACCGACCAGUGGGAAGAUGAACUGUGAUGUGUGCGGAUUAUCCUGCAUUAGCUUCAAUGUCUUGAUGGUUCAUAAGCGAAGCCACACCGGUGAACGCCCGUUCCAGUGUAAUCAGUGUGGGGCAUCUUUUACUCAGAAAGGUAACCUCCUCCGCCACAUUAAGCUGCACACGGGGGAAAAACCUUUUAAGUGUCACCUCUGCAACUAUGCAUGCCAAAGGAGAGAUGCGCUCACGGGACACCUUAGGACACAUUCUGUGGAGAAGCCCUACAAGUGUGAGUUCUGUGGAAGAAGCUACAAGCAGAGGAGUUCCCUGGAGGAGCACAAGGAACGCUGCCGUGCCUUUCUUCAGAAUCCUGACCUGGGGGAUGCCGCAAGUGUGGAGGCAAGACACAUCAAAGCCGAGAUGGGAAGUGAAAGAGCUCUCGUUCUGGACAGAUUAGCAAGCAAUGUGGCUAAACGAAAAAGCUCGAUGCCUCAGAAGUUCAUUGGUGAGAAGCGACACUGCUUUGAUGCCAACUACAAUCCCGGCUACAUGUACGAGAAGGAGAACGAGAUGAUGCAGACCCGGAUGAUGGACCAAGCCAUCAAUAACGCCAUCAGCUAUCUCGGGGCCGAAGCCCUCCGCCCCUUGGUCCAGACUCCACCUGCUCCCACCUCUGAGAUGGUCCCAGUCAUUAGCAGCGUGUACCCCAUAGCACUCACUCGGGCCGAUAUGCCCAAUGGGGCUCCACAGGAGCUGGAGAAGAAGCGGAUCCUCCUGCCAGAGAAGAUCGUGCCUUCUGAACGAGGUCUGUCCCCCAAUAACAGUGCCCAGGACUCCACAGACACUGACAGCAACCAUGAGGAUCGCCAGAACCACAUCUACCAGCAAAGCCACGUGGUCCUCCCCCAGGCCCGCAACGGGAUGCCACUUCUGAAGGAGGUCCCUCGCUCUUUUGAACUCCUCAAACCCCCUCCCAUCUGCCUGAGGGACUCCAUCAAAGUGAUCAACAAGGAAGGGGAGGUGAUGGAUGUGUUUCGGUGUGACCACUGCCACGUCCUCUUCCUAGAUUACGUGAUGUUCACCAUCCACAUGGGGUGCCAUGGUUUUCGUGACCCUUUUGAGUGUAACAUGUGUGGGUACCGAAGCCACGAUCGCUACGAGUUCUCCUCUCACAUCGCCAGAGGAGAACACAGAGCCAUGCUGAAGUGAGCAUCUGCCUCUAAGCUCACGUCUGAGGGUCAGCAUUGUUUUUUUAAAAGCUGAUGAUAGCCCUAUCCAGUAGACUGAAGUCAAACCCACAGUCCCACCCAGUUAUGUUAGCUCUCAAUCAUGUCCGCAUGAGCAGUCAGGGAAAUACUGUCUUCAUUCAGAAACUGUUUGCUGAGCUAUCACGUUACUUUGUGAAACCUUCCUUUCCCAUCAGUUGAGUUUGAUGGGAUUUAAAAGCCAAAGAAGUGCCUGGUUCAUUAUCUUUUGUAGCAAUAGACAGCCAUCCACUGGAGCGCUUGGCCAAUUGGAAUAGUCCUCCGUGGGCUGCAGGAGUCAUUCACUGGAAUACAGCAGCCAUAUGUGGAAAAGCCUUUUGAUCCUAUGCCCAGAUCCACACAGCAGAAGAGCUGCCCAGCUGCCCUUGCCCCUGGGCACCAACACAAGGCUUAGUGCAUAGUCCCCCUCCCUUCACGUUCCAACAGUAAGGAAGAGAUGGCCAUGCAGUAAGGAAUGGCUGCCAGUAAUGGAAGACCCUAUUCUUGGAGCACCAAUCCUCUUCCUAUCACAUAAGCAAAACAAAACUGAAGUCAUCCGAGGACUCUUCUCCUCUACGUGCUGUCGCAAGGGAGAACUUCAGACAAUUUGGCCUGAGCCAGAACCCUGAUCUUCCUCCCUCAGUCUGUUUUUGUUUGUUUGUUUGUUUGUUUGUUUUGAGACAGGGUUUUCUCUGUAUAGCCCUGGCUGUCCUGGAACUCACUCUGUAGACCAGGCUGGCCUCGAACUCAGAAAUUCACCUGCCUCUGCCUCCCAAGUGCUGGGAUCAAAGGCGUGCGCCACCACCGCCUGGCCUCCUCCCUCAGUCUGGAGGAAAAUUCUACUCCAGAAGAACCAAUGCUUUUAAACACUGGGUAUCAUCGAAACCACAGAGUCAUGCACUGAGGGGUGGUAUUUGUCUCCUUUGACUGAGACUGGUAGAGCAAGUGGUAGGGGGGACAUAGUUUAGGGAUACAGUGCCUGCCACAUUCAUCAAACCCCCCCUCCACACACACACACACCAGGGGACAAAGGAGAAAGAAAGAAAAUGGAGGAAAGAAAGGUUGGCUGAGCAGAGUGUUGGCAGUUCUUGUCACCUUGGUGGAGUACUGGCUGGAAACCCAAAUAACAUUUGAAGGUGAUUUUAGGCAAUGGAGCCCUGUGUGCUGCCUAACUCCCCACCCCACAGGCAUGAGAUCAGGGACAGAGCCACAGAUGUUCUCUCAGGACAGUGUGACAUCGCAUUCUCCUGGGUUAGACAUGCAUGGCUUGUAUUUUAUUUUUCUGUUUUUAAAACAGGGCCUCCUGCUGCCCCGGCAAGCAUCAAGCUCACUCCUAACUGAGGCUGGCCAGCACGCUGACUCUCCUGCCUCCGCCUAAGGAGUGCUGGGGUGAGAGGGUGUCUGCUGUCCAUACAUAGGAGCUGCCCCAUCUCCCUGAGAGUCUUGGGAGGCUAAUCUCGUUCUGUCGAUGGACCGGUCAGUCACCUUUGUCACACAGGCACCAAGACAUCAAGAUUCUCGUGAAAAUGCUCCAUAAAAUGAGCAGUGGAGCCGGGCAGUGAUGGUGCAUGCCUUUAAUCCCAGCACUUGAGAGGCAGAGGCAGGUGGAUUUCUGAGUUUGAGGCCAGCC